UGGUUCAUUCACCGGUUGACAGAAUACUUGUUGGUUUUUGCGUAAAAUUAUAAAAAACAUCUUUUAUUUUAUCCGGUUCGUUUCUUUUUCUUUCUUUUCAAAUUGAAAAUAUUUUAGAAUAAAUAAACACUUAUACUUGAGACACACUCUUCGAGGUUAAAGAACUUGCUGUUGGUAUAGCACGUGGGACAAAGAUCGGAGACAUGGUCGUGUUUACGUGUGGCCAUUGCGGGGAGUCAGUGAACAAGCCUAAAGUUGAGAAACAUUAUAUGACCAAAUGUAGAAAUAAGCCCCACAACUUAUCAUGCAUGGACUGUUUCAAGGACUUUCUAGGUAAUGAUUACGAGGCUCAUACUAAAUGUAUAACCGAAGAGGAACGCUACUCAGGAAAAGGUUUUGUUGCCAAGGAAAAGAAAGGAGAAAAGAAGCAAAAUGUAUGGGUUGAAAUGCUUCAAGAGGUAUUGGAACAGCAAAAGAGUGCUCCGGCCAAUGUUAGAAGGAUAAUCGAGACUGUCAGCAAACAUAAUAACACACCUAGGAAAAAACCAAAAUUCAUCAACUUUGUCAAAAAUGUCUGCGGACAGAAAACUAAUCCAAAUGAUAUUAACCAAGCAUGGGAUAUGAUUUCCGUUAAACUGGGUGAAUUAUCAGCAAUGAAUGCUAGACCCAAUCAAAAUCAACAAAAUAAGAAAUCUGAAGAUGAUGAAAGCAACGAGAUAAUAGAAAAUGGGGUUACGGAAAAUGGUAAAACUGAAGAUCAUGAGGAAAAUGAUGAUGAUGUUGGAGCUCAAAAUGAAGAGAAAGUUGGAGAAACUAAGGAAAAGCAUGGUAAGAAAUCUAAGAAGCAGCGUAAAGAAGAGAAAAAGCGUCAGAAGUAUGAAGCAGAAUUACAGAGCGCAGGUCAAGAGCUUGGAGAGGAAGAGGAAGAACCGCAGCCCACUAAGAAAGAAAAAAAGAAGAAAAACAGAUCCGAGUCCGUCAGCAAUGGUGACGCUGAGGAACUUAAAGAAGAAGAUAACAAAAACAAAAAACGUAAAAGACAAGAUACCAUCAGUGCAGUUCAGGAAGUCAAAGAUGCUGCUGAAAAUGGGAUUAACGAAGCUGAAAUGCCUGCUAGCAGGGUCACCCAGAAAAAGAAAAAAACUAAGAGCACUGGAGAAUCCGAAGAGGCUGACGAAAGCAUCUGUCUGCAUGACCAAAAUGUAGCUAAGAUUGGUGAAUUGGAUAUCCGUACAGAUAAAUUCAAUUGGCAUGCUGUUAUAAUGUCUGUACUUGAAAAGAAAGGAGAGAUGCAGUUCAAAAGGCUUCAGAAGAAGGUUCUCGGGGAAUAUCAGGAGGCAACAGGGCAAGACAUUGAUGAUAGAAUUGCUGAUAAGUUUAUUAAGAAAUUGAAAAGCGCACCCAAUGUUAGGGUGGACAAGAAUAGAGUUGUUCUUGUGGACUAGAUUUUUGUUAUUUAACUUCUCUUGUACAACUUGGGUAAGGUUGCUAAAAUUAUUGUCUACUGCUAAUUUUAUGGAACUGUAAGACAAGAUGUAUUUUAGAUUUGUGUUGUGUUUGUGUGAGUUUAUUUCAACAUACCUGCUCAAAAAUAUCUACCCAAGUAAGUCAACCUACUGAAAAAAAGUUUUAUUCACAUUAGAUACAAGUGUUAUGGUUCCAUUAAGUCCAUGUAAUUAGCAACAUUACUUAAAAGUAUAACCAGUUCAUCAGUUAACAAAAAGUUGUGGCAUAAAGCCCCAUUUAGGUGGUUCAAGAACUUGCGGGCAAUUUUCGUUACAUCGCGGUAUUUGGGCGAUUAGAUCAACUGAAUUCAUUGUAUUCUGAUGUAUUUUUUUUAUAUCUUUUUUUUUUUAAAGGAUGGGGUUCCGUACUGAGAUCUAUAGUAAUAAUGUAAUAGUGCAGUAUUACCUACCCCACUACAUUAUUUUUAAGUAUAGCUUGCACAUCACCCUGGCCUCGUCUGAUAGUGGCGAUACCAGGACGAUGUUGCAGCUACCAAUGUUGGUAGUUUUGAUAAAUGUCAUGUCACACCUCAGUGCCUCGUUGCGGACACAUUCCAUCAACACAUAGUGAACAUCUAUUUGAUUGCAUUCAGGGCAGUUUGGUGACGCAGCUAAUUUCAUAAGGCGCUUGAAUUUGUUUGACGGAAUGUGCCUGGAACGAAGCCUGAGGAGUGAUACUACCUGCUUCCUGCUUAGCUUUUUGUCAAACCGUGUAAAUUAUUCUGAUGUAGUAAGCAAUGUAUCGAAUAUUGCAUGCAAGUUCUUUAACUGUUCUUAAACAUUUGUCAACAGUUGUAUAUUUUCCAUCUAUCUUUACAUGUCAGCAUCAUGUAAGAAAGCUGUCAUUUUGACCAUAGAAAUUCCUGUUAAACUACAAAAAUUCAGAAAAUUCAAAAAACUCAGAAUUAGAUAAAGUAAAUUGUGUGAGCCUGUAUUAUAUUUUAUAAGAUUACCGCGUCUUGGUAAUUGUGUAUAUUUUUAUGAAAUUUCGCGACUCCACACAGAAAGAGUGGUUCUGUGCUGACUGCUUUUUGAAGAACCUUUAUUUCGUCAACCAAAACUCGCUACUUGCAUAAUAGUUAUUUACGACACAAGUGCGAAAAAUAGGAAAUUCGCAACGAGUUGUGAAUUUCCUAUUCGCACGUGUAUCGUACAACGUUUUACAGGACAUAUGGCCCUUUAAAUUUUCGACUUAGUUACGUAAUGUCACAGAUUAAUAAAUAGUUACUGUAAUGUGUCGUAAUGUAGCACCAGAUGUACUGUAAAUUUUUAAAAACAAAAAUUAACCUUGUUUUGUUAUUGGUACAGUUCACUAUGGCUCUGAAUUUGUGGUAGUAAUUACUGAGUUUUGGUUGUCAACUAAAGAUUUGAAAAAAUAGUUCUAUGAUAUUUUGACGAAAUCAAGACCUAAAUCAGAGUUUUAUUUAACUGCUCAUUUUAUUUACCUACUCUAUCUAAUUCUUGAUAUUGCUUUGUUCACUUGUUUGUGUUGUUUUACAUAAUUUUAAUUCUACUCAAUAAUUUCGGCGGCCUAAUUCAGUACCAAGCCAUUUUACUUAAUCAUGCCUCGGAUACUUCCAGUUUUAUAUGUAUUUCAUAUUUAUAGUUUUAUGAUUGUCCUGUAAAACAGACUGCCAAUAAACAUACUGUGUCACAUU